AUGGUCAAGGUAAAUGUAAAUGAAAUCGAUUCAUCGCCAGUUAAAUAUGGAGUACAGGAAAGUGGUGGUUUAAUGAAUGACCAUGUUUCUCGUUCAUUUGAAUCCACAGCUUCAACAGAUGAAUCGUCCGAUGAUAGUGUCCGUUCUGUAAAUAUUAUCGAGCCACACAUCAUCCGGAGCAACAUCGCUUACAUUCACUCAAUUCGUGUUUCAGAUGUUUAA